AUGCUUACAUCUUGGCGGCAGGAGUGCCUGCUGACAAUCCCGCCACCACAAAAUCCAAUCCAAUGGGGAUUUAUAAGUGAAUUGGCACCGUUAUCUGAGCCAGUGGCACCUUUAAUGCCACCGACCCUGCGGCAUAUAUAUCCUGACGAUGUGAAACCGCUGAUUCAUUCCCACUGGAGCAACUUUCCUCCUGUCAACCCCAUGUGGCACUAUAUGCUGGCUGGGAUCCACGUCUUCCUCGGUCUCCUCUCUUUUUUCGGAAAUGGGAUCGUGAUGUACCUCUUUCUGAGCAAGAAGAGUCUUCGUUCUCCAGCAAACAUGUUCGUGGUUAAUCUGUCUUUCAGCGACUUCAUGAUGAUGGCGUCGCAGUUCCCCGUGUUCUUCAUGAACUGCUUCAGCGGAGGCUACUGGUCUCUGGGUGCCUUUGCUUGCGAAGUCUACGGCUUUCUGGGUUCCGUCUUUGGCAUGACUUCUGUCAUGGACAGAUAA